AAUAAACGAGAGGCAGCCCGGUUGAUUUGGGGACCAAGGAUGUACAAAAAUGAUGUAAUUGCUUGGGGGGGAGAGUGAAAACCGCGAAGCACGGGAGAUCACCUUUGAACGGAAGGUCGGGCAAUGGGGUCGGCCGACCAGUUUUGGAGAGAGAUAAGGGGGAUGGUGCUCUGGGAAUGCCCUCUCUUUUCCAGCCAUUUCAGUUCUACGUAGGCAGACUGAUCAGGAGAAAAGGAAGACAUAUAGUUUGAAAAACCCGGAAUAUUCCCUAAAGCCAGCGGAAAUGCACUCUUUGAAAACUGGUGAUCGUCGCAAGGUCAAAAGCAACGGGGUGCGUUUGUCUCGGCGCCGAGUCCCGUGUCGCCUCGCAACGGGGAUUGUUGCUGACCACUGGAGUUUUGAAAUGGCGGGGUGGUCUGGGCUUUUUACAGGUAACUACCUAAACCGAGAGCACUGCGCCUGGCUACAGCGCAGCACCACAGCGCAGCACAGUACAGCACAGCACAGCACCGACGGAGUUUUUUUUCCUAUUUCUUUUCGUCCCUAAUCAAAAUACUCAUGAAUCCUUCCAAUUUGUUGAUCUACCUACGCUGUGAGGACCAGAAGAGAACAAGUAAAGCCUGAGAGCGAAUGCCACGACAGCGGACACACUCUGUUGCUCCGUACCGUACCGCCAAGCGGCGUUCUGCUUGUUCUUUCGGCCCCUGCGCAGCAAAGAUUCCCGCCCAGACCAGCUGAACCACAACCGACCGUCGACACAAUCAAUCCGCUCGGCCUUGCUUUUGCCCUUCCCUCCAUUUCGCAUCCCAAAGCCGACGAAUCGAGCCCGACGCGGCGGAACCCAUCCAUCAUCAUCAUCAUCAAUUCCGACUACACCUCCUUGUUCUCCUGUUUGACGCUGUCCUGCCCCUGCCCCCUUCCCUUUGCCAAUCACCCCGUGUCUGUGUUGAGUUGUCGAGAGAGUGUGAGAGAGCAUGUGCGCCACUGCCGACCGUCCGUAAUAUCAAUCGAAUCUUGGAACAGCCAGAAGCCUCCUCCCCCCAAUCUCACGACCCGACACGCGAUGCCCUCCUUCCUGCCGGACGGAAGUGCGGCAAUCGACUCCCAAUCCUCAGGCCUCGUGCACCUCGAUCAAGCCGCCCAGUACGGCCUGUCGAACCCCGGCAAAGUCAAUGUACACGUUGCGCGCCAGCCACACUCGCACACAUCCAACGAGAGCUUCGACGAGAGCUCCUACAACUCGUCUAAUUCUUCACAAACCUCCGAGGCCUCUGCCGACCCGCGAACGCGACUCAUCCAGGACGUGAAUGGGGAAUAUCCGAAAAAGGCUCCCCCAAGUAUGAACACGCUGCCAAAUGGCAGUCCUGCUGGAGCAUUGACGAACGGAGUGGGCAACACCACGAUCGACUCGACGAGCCGCAAACCACUACCGAAUGGCAAUUCGACAGUGUUGGUGGACAGGACGCUAAAGGCUAAUGGAAGGGGGAAUGAUUCAACAACAUCGAGCCCGCAAGAGGCCUUUCCGCGGAUAUCUGUCAGUUCAGGACUCGACGGUAACGGUACCGCGCAGGCCGACCCAUAUGCGCGGCCUAUGAGUAAUGGGGGCAUUCGCACAGUUCAGGAUAACAACGAGUCGUCGGUAGCAACCUUGCCUGUCAACGCUUCGACCGCGACGUCCGAUUCUUUAAGCCCGGAACCGAAAACCCAAAAGGCGCCACACAGAUAUUCCUCCCCUCCAUUUCCUGGCCCGACUGCCUCAGGCCCGCUAGCACCACCACCACCACCUGCCCCUGGGAUCAAGCACCGUCACACACUCGAGGUUCCCAAGGUAACACAAGGGCGCGGAUCGCGGGAUGGGGCCGAGGGUUAUGCUAGCGGCAGAUUCUCGCCCACAAUUGGCGGCGGAGUUAGGAGAGCAUCGUUGAGUUUGGCUAGGAGGAACACGAGAUCUCUGCACUCGGAGGCCCACCAUGAGGUGAUGCCGGAUGAAGAUGCCAUGCGGUGGGCCGAAGCGUACAGGCAAAAGCGCGCUACCAAGAGAAGAAGGAGGGAAAUUGAGGAUGAUGACAGGGUCCUGGUCGGGACAAAGGUGGAUGAGACGCACGCGAACUGGGUGACGGCAUACAAUAUGUUGACUGGCAUCCGUGUGGCCGUGUCGAGAACCAACGCGAAACUUGACCGGCAGCUGACGGACGCCGACUUCGACGUCAAGCAGAAGUCUACUUUCGAUAUUGCCGGAAACGAACUGGUGCCGUCGGCCAAGUACGACUUCAAGUUCAAGGACUAUGCUCCGUGGGUCUUCCGCCACCUGCGAGCACUGUUCCGCCUCGAUCCCGCCGACUAUCUCAUGUCCUUGACGGGUAAGUACAUCUUGUCAGAGCUUGGGUCGCCGGGCAAGAGUGGAAGUUUUUUCUACUUUUCGCGGGACUACAAGUACAUCAUCAAGACGAUCCACCACGCCGAGCACAAGUUUCUCAGGAAGAUCUUGAAGGAUUACUACCAGCAUGUCACCAACAAUCCCAACACUCUGCUUUCGCAGUUUUACGGUCUUCACCGGGUCAAGAUGCCCUACGGCAAGAAGAUCCACUUUGUCGUCAUGAACAACCUGUUCCCGCCACACCGGGACAUCCACCAGACUUUCGACUUGAAGGGCUCGACGAUUGGGCGAGACUACAGGGAGGAGGAGCUGGCGAACAACCCGAGGGCAACGCUGAAGGAUCUGAACUGGCUGCGGCGGAAGAGACAUCUUGAGCUGGGGAUUCAGAAAAAGAAGAUGUUCUUGGAGCAACUGCAGAAGGAUGUGCGGUUGUUGCAGAAGCUGCACAUCAUGGAUUACUCGCUGCUGAUAGGCAUCCACGAUCUUCAGAGAGGGAACGAGGAAAACUUACGGGAUAAGACGUUGCGGGUGUUCAACCCGGGGGGCAAUGGCGUUCCGGAGGAUGAGAACCCUCACUCGGUUCUGAUGAGGACGCCGUCAAAGCUGGAGAACCAGCGGAAGGCGAGAGAGCUGAGGCAGAUGAUCCAGACGGAGAAGCCAGUGCCCAUGGGUGAAACUAGUAGCCGGAUGCCGGAUGAGCUUGAGGACGGGCAGAAGUCCGGCUUUGUGUUUAACCAGGAUGAUGGAGGAUUCAGGGCGACGCAUGAGGAUAAUGCACCGGGGGAUGAGAUUUACUACCUGGGGGUGAUUGAUUGUCUCACUCACUACGGCAUGAUCAAAAAGAUCGAGCACUUUUGGAAAGGCCUGUCGAGCGAUCGCACGCAGAUCUCGGCCCUCCCGCCACAUGAGUACGGCGAGAGAUUCAUCAACUUUAUCAACGGCGUAACAAUGUCACAGGAGGAGGCUUUGCGAGAAGCUCAAGAAAGAGACGCGGCCCAAGCAGCUGCUGCCGCCUCGGAGGAACGACAACGGGUAGGCAGCUGGAAUAGUCUCCGGGGCCGCUCGUCGAAUGCAGCUCCUCCAGUACCAAGCUACCUCCCUCCAGCGCCACCGGGAGCCUCGUCGUCGGGCAUGAGAUCUCCCGAGGUUGAGCUCACGAUGCAAAAGGCUGAGGAGCAAGCAAGGAGAAGCGAGCAUCGCAGCCCGAGCGAGGAGAACAUACCUGAUCGAACUCUCCGAACUACCGCCUCUCCGUCCAAUAACCCUGGUUCCAGCAGCGGGAAACAUCAGUCCCCGCCGCUUGGUGACCGUCGAGACACAGCAGUUCUGCCGGUGGUAGAGGAAGCGGCUGAAAGCCAGUCAACCAAGUCCCGCCGCAGUCAGAAAUCACAGACGAGUCGUCUCAGUCAAGAAGACGACCACCGACCGCCCACCCCCGCAAAGGACGGUGAUGAUUUCCGCACAGGGACCUUUACCAGCCAUUUGAUGGGUGGUAGGAGUAGGGGCAGCGAUUCAGGGAGACCGCCACCGACGCCGCCCAAAACGGGCCAUGGCUAUGGCGGCGUCUCGCAUCACACCAUGAUGAAGCCAGACAGCGUGGAUAGCGGGUAUGGUCAAGGUGGCGGGUUGAGGAGCGUGUCGGGGAGCCAAAAGAGCCGGUUGGAUCAGGGGCAUGUGAAGAACCAGAUCAGUAGGGAUAGUUUGGAUAAGGCGCUGCCCCCGCUGCCGAGGGUCAAUGGGAGUUCUUAGAGGGAUGACGGCUCGACAAUGGAAAAGGGCAAGAGGGUGGUGACGCCUGAUCAGAGGGAUUGGGAGAGGACGAGGGAGAUGUGGUUUUCGGGUUCGUCGGUGGCGAUCGUCACGAUCAGGAUUGAGGAUGAGAAGGAGGAGGGGGAUGUAGGAAAGGGAAAGUUGUGUAGCGAGCGGCUUAAUGAUUACUAAGGAGGGGGGAAGGAUGAUGGAUGGAUUUGGCUUAGUUUCUUUGCGUUUUUUUGUUGCUGUUGCGUUUGAUUGAAUUCGGUGGGGGUGGAUCAGGAACCCCCUUUUCUUGUCGUUUUUCUUCUCUCUCCUUCUUUUCAUCCUCUCUCUGUCUCUCUCUGUGUGUCGUUAUCUUGGAAGAACCAGACCUCAUGAUACCAACUGCACAAAACACCUCUCUCUCUUACAAGGACACAUACACACACAAAAACUCAUUUUUUUCUUCUUGCUUUCUUAUUCAACAUACAGUUUUUAUCAGACAUUACACACACAUUAUUCUUUUUACAAUCAACCAAACGGGCCGAUAUGUUUGUUGGAGGGGACUACUAUUACACUGAGGCUGACUGACGACCCUGAUUAUGGACGCUCUUUUUUUUCUCAUUCACUUUUCAUUCAUUACAGAGACACAGUUUGUUCUUGGUUGAUGGUUGCGGUUUAUUGUUAGAAAGAGGGGUGUUGUUCAGUAGUGCUUUAGACGUUUUGUUACCGCCUGUCUGCAUUGAAUGUUUUGGAUGGUCGAGUGGGUCGGUGGGGAGAAUGUAUGGGAUGUUUGUUGUUGUUUUGCUGUAUGGGGAUUGAAAUAGGAUUUUUUUUUUACUUGGUGCUGUUGUUUAGGAGAGUGGGUUUACAGUGUUUGGGUUUUCUUCGAAAGAGGAGAGAGGGGGCGGUGGUGCUUAUUUAGAUGGGGGAGGGGGGAGUGGGAGAAGGAGAGGGGAUUGUAUAUAGAUGUUGUUAUACUACUAC